AACCCGGUCGCGAUUCAGAACAACUAUUUGUUCAUGCAUAGGCUUUUGUUUUAUAUUUGUGAGUAUUUUUACAUGCUAUUUUAAAGAAAGACAUCAGUGAAGCAGUUUUUAAAAUCCUUUCACUUUCGAAUUCUUUGUCACGUACAAGGAAACAAUCCUUGGCGUUGCUGUCAUUUCGGAAAACUUCGACACCAACACUAAAGAAUAGAGUUUACCAGUUUUCCGCAUCAUGGCACUUGUAGAAGUAAGUGGUUUUAAGCCUUAUUCUGAGCUCCGCGGGCAGAUUUUUCCAACAAAACAGACGCAUCCCGUCGACCGAACCAGCCACUACGCUUUCGGGACCAAAACUCAAGAAUUUGCUGUACCUCUGGGUGUGGAGCCUUCAGGGUUCCUGAAGUCCUGCAGCAGUGAUGGAGGGGUGAAUAUUGAAAUGAACCACGGUACCACCACCCUGGCCUUUAAGUUCAGACAUGGAGUCAUCGUGGCUGUGGACUCCAGAGCAUCAGCUGGACGUUACUUAGCAUCCAACGACGUCAACAAGGUCAUAGAGAUCAACCCGUACCUGCUGGGCACCAUGUCAGGCAGCGCUGCAGACUGUCAGUACUGGGAGAGACUCCUGGCAAAAGAAUGCAGGCUGUACAGGCUGAGGAACAACCACCGGAUCUCUGUGGCUGCUGCCUCAAAGCUGCUGUCUAACAUGAUGCUGGGAUACAGAGGAAUGGGCCUUUCUAUGGGGAGCAUGAUCUGUGGAUGGGACAAAGAAGGCCCUGGUCUGUACUAUGUGGAUGAUAACGGCACACGUCUGUCUGGACGUAUGUUUUCCACCGGCUGUGGGAACGGCUACGCCUACGGUGUGGUGGACAGCGGUUACAAGGAGGACAUGACAGUGGAGGAGGCGUAUGAACUCGGCCGGAGGGGCAUCGCUCACGCUACACACAGGGACGCCUACUCUGGUGGAGUGGUGAACAUGUACCACAUGCAGGAGGACGGCUGGAUUAAGGUGUGUAAGGAGGACGUGUCAGAGUUGAUCCACCGCUACAGGAAGGGAAUGUUCUAAGUCUGACCCCAAAUCCACUUCAACACUCUGAAUAUGUUCCUGGUGUCAAAAAUGAUUAUCGUUAUUUUUCUUUGUAUUACAUAAUAGAACAUGUUGAUACUGUACGUGUCUGAGGUGGUUCAGUGACCAGACAAGCUACUGAAAUAACCUCACCAAUACAACACAGAUGAAAAUAAAGACUGUUGUUCAACUGA